AUGUCAUCUGCAUAUGCAACAUUACUAGUAGGGCCAAGCUAUAUACCUGGUGUAUUAACUUUAGGUUCAAAAUUAAGAGAAUUAAACACAAAACAUAAAUUAAUUAUAUUAUUAGACUCAACAUCAAUUGAAUUUGAAUUUUUAAAAUUAAUUGAAGAAUUAUAUGAUGAAGUAAUACCAAUUAAUGAUCAAAUAAUUAAAGCACCUUUAGAAAAAUUAAAAAAUGAAUUAAAUAGGGAAGAAUUAUCAAUAACUUUUAGUAAAUUAUUAUUAUGGAAUUUAACUGAUUAUGAAGAUAUAGUAUAUUUAGAUGCUGAUAUUUUACCAUUACAAAAUUUUGAUGAAAUAUUUGAUAAUUUUGAAAUUAGUACUAAUGAAAUUGCUGCAUCACCUGAUUCUGGUUGGCCUGAUAUUUUUAAUUCAGGAUUAUUUAAAAUAAAACCAAAUAAAACAACAUUUGAAAAUUUAAUUGAAUUUGCUUCAAAAGGUGGUGAGAAUACAUUUGAUGGAGCUGAUCAAGGUUUAUUAAAUGAAUUUUUUCCGGAAUGGAUUAAAAUCCCAUAUUUAUAUAAUGUUACACCAAAUUAUAGAAAUGAUUAUCAAUAUUUACCAGCAUUUAAAAAAUUUUUCAACAAGAUUAAAAAUUUACAUUAUAUUGGUCAUUUAAAACCUUGGAAUUAUGAAAAUAUUUUAUCAAGUGAUUUAUCAAAUUUUCAUCAAUUUUGGUGGGAUGAUUUUAAUAAAUUUUUUGGAGCUGAUCAAAAUUUAAAAUACAAAAUUUUAAAUUUACCUCGUGGUGAAGCUUCAAAUUUAAAAUUUAAUAAAGUUGAUGAUUUAAAUAAAGCUUUAGAUCAAGAUAAUUUAUCUAAAGAUGUUAAAAAUUUAAAUUUAACAUCUGAAGGUGGUGGUGGUGAUACUGUUGAAGAUACAGAUGAUUUCUUAGUUGAUGAGACAAUAGAACAAAGAGUUUUUCCAUGGGAAUAUCGUGAAAGAAAACCACCUUCAAGAGUAUUUGAAGAUUAA